GCGUCGCGGUCUCCCGGGCCUGAACACGGGCCCCGGAGCGCGGAACCUGCAUGUUGGACCCGAGUCACCGGCUCACGCCAUGGCUCUCUGCCCUUGCCCUAACCGCGUGGUGCUGCUACCGGGUGGACUCCUGUCCCUCCUGCUGAUGCUAACGCUGCUCGUGACCCAGGGGCUGCCGGCCGGACUUCGGCCCCCGGUGGUGCUGGUGCCUGGUGAUUUGGGCAACCAGCUGGAGGCCAAGCUGGACAAGCCCACGGUCGUGCACUACCUCUGUUCCAAGAAGACAGACAGCUACUUCACCCUCUGGCUCAACCUGGAGAUACUGCUGCCCGUCCUCAUUGACUGCUGGAUCGACAAUAUCAGGCUGAUUUACAACGGAACGUCUCGGGCCACCCAGUUCCCGGAGGGUGUGGAUGUGCGCGUGCCUGGCUUUGGACAGACCUCCUCACUGGAGUACCUGGACCCCAGCAGAAGCAGCGUGGGUUCCUAUUUUCACACUGUGGUGGAGAGCCUUGUGAACUGGGGGUACACACGGGGCCAGGACGUUCGGGGAGCCCCCUAUGACUGGCGCCGAGCCCCAAAUGAAAACGGGCCCUACUUCCUGGCCCUUCGCGAGAUGAUCGAAGAGCUGCACCUGCGGUACGGGGGUCCGGUGGUGUUGGUUGCCCACAGCAUGGGCAACAUGUACACGCUCUACUUUCUGCAGCAGCAGCCACAGGCCUGGAAGGACAAGUACAUCCGGGCCUUUGUGUCACUGGGCGCGCCCUGGGGGGGCGUGGCCAAGACCCUGCGUGUCCUGGCUUCAGGAGACAACAACCGGAUCCCGGUGAUUGAGUCCCUGAAGAUCCGGGAGCAGCAACGCUCGGCCGUCUCCACCAGCUGGCUGCUGCCCUACAACUACACGUGGUCACCUGAGAAGGUCUUCGUGCGCACGCCCAAGGCCAACUACACCCUGCGGGACUACAGCCAGUUCUUCCAGGACAUCGGCUUUGAGGAGGGCUGGCUCAUGCGGCAGGACACGGAGCGGCUAGUGGAUGCCACGGUACCCCCAGGCGUCCCCCUGCACUGCCUGUUCGGAACCGGGGUGCACACCCCAGACUCCUUCUACUACGAGAGCUUCCCCGACCGCGACCCUACCAUCUUCUUUGGCAACGGGGACGGCACCGUGAACCUGCAGAGCGUGUUGCAGUGCCAGGCCUGGUGUGGCCGCCAGGAGCAGCCAGUGUCCCUGCUGGAACUGCCAGGCAGCGAGCACCUGCAGAUGCUAAACAGCAACACCACCUUGGCCUACCUGAAAGGGGUGCUCCUCGGGGCCUGACACGUCCGGGCCACAGGGCUACUCUGCCGCCGCCUCUCCUGCUGCCUCAGGGGCUGCCUGGGUUUGUGAACAGCCAAGUGUCCGCCAUGGGGACCUCUUGCUGACACCUCUCCUCGUGUGGCAGCAAAGGAAGAAGAACUCAAGUCUGAACUCGAGGGGCCUUUGGGAAAAAGAGCACAGCUGUUGCGGGGCCGCCUGGCCCCGGGCUCCGGUCCCCUCCUUCCCCCCCUCUGGAGCCUCAGCUCUCUUAGCCUGCCAGACCUGGCCCAGGCGCUUCCUGUGAUUGCUGCCCCUGGAGUCCAGGGGUGGGUGAUACCCUCCAUUUACAGGCCACAGUCCUGGGCCCCUGGGAGCCUUGCCACUGGCCGUGGGUGCCUGAAAUUUCUGCCCUCUGUGGCCUAGCUCCUUGACAGUCUGCCCCUGGUUUCAGGGCGGAGGGUUUCAGUCCUGCCUCCCUCCCGUUCCUCCAGGGCACCAGGGCAUGAUGGAGGUGGGGGCUCAGGAUGGGGCUGCAGAUACUCCCUCCCCCUCUGCCCCACUGCCGGGACUGUGUCGCAGGGCCUCUGGGCCUCUCAGUGGGACUGUGGCCUUGGUGUUGACGUUGACUCCCUUUGCCCUGGAGCUUCAAACCAGGGAUGAGAGCAAGGCCCAGUGCCAUGACCGAGGUGCCUGUGGGGAAGGGCUCAGGGAAGUAGCCAAGCCUGCCCAGAGCUUCCUUGAACUGCCUUUCCACGAACCCUCCACCACACUGCCACCCUGCCCCCUGCCUUAGGGUCUCUCGGGGGCUCACAUUGACUGGCCCAGGAUGAGAGUGGCGGGGAACCUCUAGCUCAACCUGCCAGGCAGCUGAGUAGCAUUCACUCUGCGGGAACUAGCCACCACCCAAGACUUGAGUGGGCUGGUAGGCUGCUCCAUUGGACAACCAGGUGCCUUGGGGGCUCUCCUGGGGGUCCCCUCUCUGCUCCAGUGGUGCUGCAUAGCAGGGAUGGAGGACCGGCCCAAGCAUGCCCUGUUGGCUCCACAUGGGCAUGUAGUCAUAGGCCAAGACUUGGGUCUAGCUUCCAGUUGGGCCCCCCCGGGUGGGCCCCCCCCAGGCCCCAAGCAGACUGUGAGGUCACCAUCUGCUGUUUCCUUCAAGGUCUCUGUGGAGCUGGUCUCUCUUCAUACAUUCUCACAUCUCCCUCCUCUGGUCCUGAGCGGUGGGCCCUGGUUGGGGCUCUGAGCGGGCUGUACAAACUUGGGUCCCAGCAAUAAAAGUGUUCUGGUUGCUGUAA